AUGUUCAAUUCUAUAAGUCGAGGUGUAUUUGCAUCUUCAACUAGAUUCGCACGAGUGGCAAGAUUUUUACAUCAAGUGCCCAAAUUGGAAUCUCAUGAAGCUUGGACUCAAGAAGGAAUACCUGGAUUGUUGUCUCCAAAAGGUUAUAAUUUGGCUUGGACCGAUUAUCAAAAUUAUUUAUUGACUAAUUUGACUUUAUUAACAAAUGGAACAUCACUGGAAUACAAAACUCCAUAUCAGACAUUAUUGCAUACCGCCAAGCAAACUACACAACAACAUGUAUUCCAUUACGCUUCAAUGGCACACAAUAAUCAUUUCUUUUUCCAACAACUUGACACUAAAGAAAAUGCAUCCAAAACCAAACCAUCCAGAUUUCUUAUGGAGAAGUUAAUGCAUGAAGACAUUUUGGAUCUUGAUCAGUUAAGAAAUAAGUUGUUGACGAUGGCAGAAAAUACAUAUGGCCAAGGUUGGAUAUUCUUGGUGGAAACCGAAGACAAAAAUUUGAAAUUCAUCAACUGUCACAAUGAUGGUACUCCUUAUUAUUAUGCCAAACAACAAUUAUUGGACUUGAAUGGUGGUAUAGAUGAAGGAAAUUUUAGCUACUUGGAGAAUUUGAAAUCGAGAGCAUUAAACAACGAAAAAGAUUAUACUUUACCAAUAUUAGCUAUAAACUAUUGGGACUAUAUGUAUAUUCCCGACUAUGGUGUGACUGGCAAAUCAGACUAUUUGAACAAGUUAUGGGACCAUAUUAAUUGGGACGUUGUAAAUAAGAGAUUGUUCCAAAUAUAG